CACGAAAGACUAAUUCUUAGUUAAGUAAUUCGACAAAAGACCCUUUCACAGUUCCACUCAAACGAAGAAAAAGGAGUUUCCUUCCCUCUUUGACAGUAACGACAAUUUGAGUUUGAGUCUUAGCUUGGAACGUGUCAGUCCCCUCUUUAGAAUAUUCCAAGAAACUGAAACAGAAACAGAAACUCUUCAGCUGUUAUUUAAAAGCUUAUAAAUCUUCAUCGUAAUCAAAGCUCUUCUUUUUAUGAGUUUUCCUUAACAGUAAGGAAAUAAUACUUCCCAUUGACACGUAGCUUUUUCUCUCUUUUCUUUAAAUCUCGUCCCCAUAAAUCUCGCCUUUCAUCGAUCAAUUUGACUCCAAAGAUUUCACUUUCUAACAAGUGGCAGUCCCACUUUCUCUUUGACGGGGAGAGAAUUUAUUAGCUUUGCUUAAGAUUGAGAAAUGAGAGAGGUUGAUUGAAAUCAAUGGGUACCAACAGAUUUAUCAUGUUGAAAAAAACCCAUCUCUAUUUUCUUUUUGGUUUUAUGCAUGGGUUUUUGUAUAGAAUCAUGUUUCCAGUUGUUGAUUCUAUCUGGGGUUUUCUCUCCAAGUUCAUUAUUUGUGUUUUUAUAUCAAUAAUUGGGUACUUCUUCAGGUUUCCUACCAACAGAUACCUUGAGGUGAAUGACUCUGGGGCUUGUUUGGAUUCAAACUUUGAUGAGUUGAAAGAAAGUGAGAGCAGUGAUCAAGGAAAUAGAGAAGCAGAGAAUUCUGGCUUGGUGGCAAGCUCAAGCAAGUAUGAGUUUUUGUACAGGAAAGGUAUUAGUGGAUUCGUCAAAGAACCAAAAAUUGAGAGCUAUACUGUGCAUGCGUUUUGUAUGGGUUCAAAUGACUAUGCCAAUUGCAAUGGUAGAAUUCUUGUUUCAAGGGACUCUGCCGAUGGUGAUAUUGGGAAAUUUGAGGUUGAAGUCGAGGAUGUUAUUGAAAAGAAAGCGGAGGAUCCUGUGGAGAGUUUUAUAGGUGAAAAGGUUUUGGAGAACUCUGUGGAAGAAACUGUUGUCAAUGGAAGGAAAACAGAGAAGCCUGUUGAAGAGAAAGCAGAGGACUCUAUUGAAAGUUUCAUAGCUGAAAAGAAUUCGGAGAAAACGAAAGCUGGUUUUGAGAAUAAAACAGAGGAAUCUGUUCUGAGGUUUUUCUUUGAAAAGAGUUUCGAGAAACAAAUCAAAGAAGGACAUUCAGUUGAAGCAAACGUUGCUGUUGAGGACAAAGCAGACGACUCUGUUGGGAGUUCAACCGUUGAAAGCAGUUUUGAGAAACCAGAACUGGCUAUCGAAGCAGAGGACUCUGUUGAGAAUUCCAGUGUUGAAAAGUUUUCGGAGAAACCAAAGCAGGAGAUUGAAACAGAAGAUAUAUUCGAAGAAAAGGCAAAGGAAUCUGUUGAGAAUUGCAUUACUGAAAAGAUUUUAGAGAAACACGCAUGUGACAUGGAAGGUAAUGAUCAUGUUGAAGAGAAACUUGGGGACUUUUUUGGGAGUCCAGUAAUUGACAUUUGUUUAGAAAAAUGGCAUCAGGAAAAAGAGGAAUCGGAUGAAGAUGGGGAGAAGUUUCGCCCAAGAAGCAAGGUUGAAGUUGAGUCAAUUACUUACGAAGUUUUGGCCAAUAGGCUUGACUUGAGACCUGAAAGUUAUCAGCUGACGGAUGGGCUAAAGGUGGAAAACAUGGAGCAAGAAAUUCAUGAACGCAAUACAAGUGUCUCAGAUCCGGAAGCAGCAAUCAUAAAAGGUCUAAUCAGUGAUUCCGAUGAUGAAUUUAUAGAAUUGGAACCGCAGUCUGAAAAAUUGUGUGUAAUGGGAGAAACACAUUCUGGAGAAGAUUUAAGAACUGAAGAUAAAGAUGGUGAUGAAGAUUUCAAUCAUAAAGAGACAGAGUCAGUGGUUUCCCCAGACAAAACCAAAGAACCAACGUUGCAAGAGGAGUUCAUCUCAAGUUAUGAGGAGCAAGAAGAUGAUUCAGAGCAUUAUGGUUUAAUAGAGCGGCUGAGAAUGGAACUGAAAAUGGCAAGAACUGGGGGACUUCCAACUAUUUUGGAAGAAUCUGAGUCUCCAAAGAUAGUGGAAGAACUGGGGCCACUGCAUAUUGAUGAAAAACAUGAUCACAAAGAUCAUAUUGCUGAAAUUCAAAAGGUAUACAAGAGCUACUCUGAUAAAAUGAGGAAACUGGACAUCUUGAAUUCCCAGACCAUGCAUGCAAUCAGUUUACUUCAACUAAAAGACAUCCCAGUUCGACUAAGCAGUACAUUUGGAAAAUCUUCAGCACCAGCAAUUAAGUCACUUCUCUCACAGAAUUUAUGGCCGUUCAAACAACGGAAGGUUGAAGCUGAUCCAGCAACGAAGUUGAUUAGAGAUUUGCUCAAGGACUUUGAGACAGUCUAUGUUGGACAAGUAUGCCUUUCCUGGGAAAUGCUACAUUGGCAAUAUGGCAAAGUAAAAAUGUUGUUGGAAUGUGACAGCCAUGGUAUUCAUCAGUAUAACCAAGUUGCUGGGGAAUUUCAACAUUUUCAAGUGCUUGUGCAAAGAUUUUUAGAGGAUGAACCCUUUCAAGCCAGACCAAGAGUUGAAAACUAUGUCAAGAACAGAUGUGCACUUCGGCAUCUUCUCCAAGUUCCAGUUAUUAAGGAUGAUUGCUCAAAAUAUAUGGAGGAUGCCAUGUCAAGUGAAAUGUUAACAGAUAUCAUCGAGGAAUCGAUGCAAGUAUUUUGGGAAUUCCUCCGUGCUGAUAAAGAUGAAGCGAAUGCGACCUCCAAGACUCCCCAGCAAGCGCAGGUUGCUCCACACGACCCUAUUGACUUGGAACUUUUGAUGGAUGUUAGAACGGAUCUUCAAAAGAAGGAGAAAAGGCUUAAGGAAAUUCAGAGAAGUACAAACUGCAUAAUAAAGAAGUACCAAAGGCAACACCGGGGAAAUCUAUUAGAUCAUGCACUGUUCAUCGCUCAAGUUGAACUGAAAUUGGUUUCAAGAGUAUUAAACAUGUUGAGGAUAACCACAGAUCAGUUAGUUUGGUGUCAUGAGAAAUUACAAAGGAUUAACUUUUGCAGUAGGAAGAUAGAGAUAGAGCCCUCAUUUACACUGUUCCCAUGUUAGCAACGGUGACCACCGCCACCACUAUACUUUUUAUCGGUUGUAAAUAUAUGUAUGACAGAUAUAAGCAAAGCAAUACAAAGACAUUGGCAUUUUGAUACAGAAAGUUUUCUUUUUCUUUGCCAACAAUAUUAUGUACAAUCAACCAUAUGCUUGACGAUGGAACUCAAAAUUUCAUUUAUAUUAUGAGAAAUGUCAUGGUCUAACA